AUGACCGUCAUCGACAUGGAGACUCAGCGCCUUCCCUCCCGCUACAGAGUGGAGCCGGGCUCUUGCGAUAUUCCUCUCGGUAUUCUGCCGCAGACGAGUGCAACCACACCCGAGAACCCAGCUGAUAUCGCCCGCGGUCUAAUUGGGAAACUCAACCUUGCCAUUGAAGCGAGAGAAAGCGGGGCAUUGGCGUCGUUGUUCAUCGACAACAGCUACUGGCGCGAUCAUCUCUGCCUUUCAUGGGAGUUCCGGACGCUGAAGGGAGCCGAGGCUCUUUCCAAGUUUGUCACUAAAUCUGCUUCAGCGAUCAAGUUUGAUAUUGACUAUUCAUCGCCUUUUACGGCACCGCAUAAUGGUCCCAUUGAUGCCUUUGGCGAGGUUAAUGGGAUUGAAUUUUUUGCAAAGAUUACAACUGGGUUCGGCAAUGGGAGGGGUAUUGUGCGGCUGGCGCAGCAGGGUGAGGAGUGGAAGAUUUUCACUGUCUUCACUACCCUUGCCGAGAUAACUAGCCACGAGGAAGUGGUUAAUGGCCGCAGACCUGUUGGAGUGCAGCAUGGGGCACAACAGGGUCGAAAGAACUGGCAGGAUAGACGCACAGCGAACGAAGAUUUCGAAGAGAAAGACCCCGCUGUCUUGAUUGUUGGUGCCGGUCAAGGAGGACUUACUGCAGCCGCACGUCUGAAGAUGCUCAACGUGGAUACCCUGGUAAUUGACCGAGAAGACCGAAUCGGAGAUAGCUGGCGUCAUCGGUAUCAUCAAUUAGUCCUCCACGACCCAGUGUGGUAUGACCAUUUGCCAUACCUCUCCUUUCCAUCCAACUGGCCUGUCUUCACACCAAAGGAUAAACUGGCCGAGUUCUUCGAGUCCUAUGUCAAGUUACUCGAGCUCAAUGUCUGGGUUCGCACGGAUCUGAAAUCCUCAUCCUGGGACGAAACCAAGAAGCAAUGGACCGUCGUCUUGCAGCGUACGAAAGCAGAUGGCUCGAGCGAGACACGUGAAUUCCACCCACGCCAUGUCAUUCAGGCUACCGGACAUUCUGGGAAGAAGAACAUGCCUACCUUCAUGGGCAUGGAGACUUUCCAGGGCGAUCGGAUAUGUCACAGUUCCGAAUUCUUGGGCGCAAAAGACGGGUCUAAUGGGAAGAAGGCCGUUGUAGUUGGAUCGUGUAAUUCUGGCCAUGAUAUUGCUCAGGAUUACUAUGAGAAGGGAUAUGAGGUUACCAUGGUGCAGCGGAGUUCAACCUGUGUGGUGUCGUCGAACUCCAUUACUGAGAUUGGUCUCAAGGGUCUUUAUGAGGAGGCGGGUCCUCUUACCGAGGAUGCGGACACGUAUUUAAUGGGUAUUCCACUUGAGCUGUUCAAGCUACAGCAGACGAAGGUCACAAAGGUGAUGAACCAGAAUGAUGCGAAAACGCUUGAAGGACUGGCGAAGGCAGGAUUCGAGGUUGAUCGUGGCCCGAUGGAGGCGGGGCUUAUGAUGAAGUACUUCCAGCGCGGGGGUGGUUACUACAUUGAUGUCGGAGGAAGCCAGCUGAUUGUUGAUGGCAAGGUGAAGGUGAAGCAGGGACAAGAGAUCAGCGAGAUUCUGCCUCAUGGGAUCCGGUUUGCAGAUGGAUCGGAACUGGAAGCUGAUGAGAUUGUUUUUGCGACUGGAUACCAGAAUAUGAGAACGCAGGCACGUCUUAUCUUUGGUGAUGAGGUCGCCGAUCGCGUUGGCGAUGUUUGGGGGCUGAAUGCGGAGGGUGAAUUUCGGACAAUCUGGCAGCGUAGCGGGCACCCCGGAUUCUGGUUUAUGGGUGGAAACUUGGCUCUGUGCAGAUAUUAUUCGCGUCUUUUGGCGCUUCAGAUCAAGGCCCUGGAGGAGAACAUCGCUACGUACUAG